AUGGACAGUUCGUAUUGGGUGAAUCUCCUGCUGACUAUCAACCGAUUUCUGGGUGUAUUUCCCAGUGGAAGAAGGGGAUUUCUCCGCUGGCUCCACUCUCUUUGGUGCCUGUUUCUACUUUUAUACAUCUGCAUAGGAAGCAUUUGUAAGUUAGUGGAAUUCAGAUUGGAUAUGCCCACCAUCGAAAAACUACUCUACUUGAUGGAGUUUCCGGGAAACAUGUCGACUAUUGCCAUCCUGGUUUACUAUGCUGUAUUAAAUUCUCCCCGUUCUUAUGAAGUGGAGUUGCAGAUUCAUCGCCUGAUUAGAGGACUCGAAAGCAAAGCUAUUCGUAUUGUCUAUAAGAAACAGGGUCAGAGAACUCUUCAUCUAAUGGUGACGGUUAUAGUUUUCCAUGUCUUGUGUUCUGUGGUGGAUAUGAUUAACUAUAACUUUGAUAUUUGGUCCACUUUCUAUAGUAACAGUGUCUAUAAUCUGCCUGCUUUAAUGAUGAGUCUUGGGGUACUCCAGUAUGCCCUACCUCUGCACCUCCUUUGCCUUUUGCUGGAGCAGAUGAGUAUAUCUGUUGAAGACUUGAAGUUGCGACAGAGACCCUCGAGGGAUAUAACCAAAUUGGAUGCCGGAUACGAAUCCGCCUUUGCUGUUCUCGUGGACGCAGGUGGAGGAACUUCCUUGCUUAUCGAAGAGAUGCGGUCAACCUGCAAUCGUAUAGAUCUAAUCCACAAGGAGUUACUAUCCCGAUUUGGUCUUUACUUGCUCCUAAACAUGAUAAAUUCUUUGAUUAGCUUUUGUGUAGAGCUCUACUUUCUUUUUAAUUUCUUCGAUAAUCCCCUAUGGGAAGAAUCAAAGUUGGUAGUGUAUCGCCUGUUUUGGUUGGUAAUGCAUGGAGGUCGUAUAUGGUUUAUCCUAGCGGUAAACGAGCAGAUACUGGAACAGAAAUGUAACCUCUGUCAGCUGAUCAAUGAGUUGGAGGUGUGUAGCUCCCACCUGGAAAGGACCAUUAAUCGUUUUCUGCUGCAACUCCAGACCAGUAUUGACCAACCCCUGGAAGCUUGUGGAAUCGUGACAUUGGACACUCUGUCUUUGGGAGGGUUUAUCGGGGUCGUGAUGGCCAUUGUCAUUUUCCUCAUACAAAUCGGUCUGGGCAAUAAAUCGCUAAUGGGAGUUGCCCUCAACAGAUCCAAUUGGGUUUACAUUUGA